AUGCUCGUGUAUGCAGCCAAUACUUUUCUUACGUUGACAAUGUAUACUUAUUACUUUAUAAAACCUGUUAUAAUAGGCAGUACUACGUUACCAGCUACGAUUCUUGUAUACUGUUUCGUUCAAAUUAUUUCCUCAACAGUAUCAUUAGUCGUCUUGACGAAAAUCGCUAACAGUACAGCUGUUGAGAGUAAAAAAACUGGAGAAAUAAUAGCCGAAGGUAUGGUGAAUCUACACAAUCCUCAAGUUAUUGAUCAGUUAAAUAAAUUUUUAAACUAUUUGAAUCACAAAACCUUACACUUUGGUGUGUCCAACUUUUUCACACUUGAUGGGUCACUUUUAAUGUCGAUUAUUGGAUCGAUCACCACGUAUCUAGUAAUUCUUUUGCAGUUCCAAGAAAAUUCCGAUCAGAAGAGGAAAAAUGAAGAAAUAGUGCACAACGCAGUACUGUUACGUAUGAACCGUAAAAUCAAUGAAUGGAUCUAA